UUUUUUCUUCUUUCUUUGAACUUUGAACUUUGCAGCGAAGUGUAUAUCUAGCUACUCCUAACUACACACCUACGGCAUACAACUACCUACCUAUCGGCCAUCAUCAUCAUCAUCAUCAUCACCAUCGUCACCACAUUACUAUCACCACAGCUAUCACCACCAAAAUGCGCCUCCCCUACGCGCCCCCCACCCCCCCUCCCACCGCACCCCCCUCAACCCACGACACGUACGCGCGCAUCCGUGAGCGCCGCCACCCCCGCCCCCUCAUCCCGCUCGACCUCGCCCUGCUGCACUCGCCCCCCCUCGCAGACGGCUACAACGCCUUCAUCGGCGCCAUCCGCAGCGCCACGACCGUGCCGCCCGAGCUGCUCGAGCUCGCCAUCGCGCGCGUCGGCGCGCUCACGGGCGCCGCCUGGGAGUGGCGCGCCCAUAGCGCGCUGGCUGCGAAAGCGGGCGUGCGGAGGCGCGUCCUGGCGUGGGUGCUGAAAGGGGAGGAGGUGCGUGAGGAUGUGGUUAUGGGGGUGGGUGAGGAAGGGGAGGAGAAGGAAAGGGGGGAUGGGGUUGAGGAUGGCGAGGCGAGGGUCCUGACAAGCGUGCAGGCCGCGGUGCUGCGCUAUGCGGAUGCGAUGGAAAGGGGGGCGGGCCGCGUGGGCUCGGACGUGUUUGAGGCCCUGAAGGGGUUUUUUGACGAUAGGGCCGUCGUGGAGCUGACGGUUGCGGUGGCCGCGUAUUGUGCGGUUUCGCGGAUUUUGGUCGCGCUGGAUGUGGGUGAGAUGGAGGGCGUGCCGUUGGAGCUGCCGGCGGAGGCGGUGUGAGAUGGAGUGUGAGAUUCUUGUGGGGAUGGGGAUGAGGGGCAGUGGUUUUGCGUGAUGGUGGUGAUGGGUGUUGUGGCGGGUUUGCGUUGGUUGCUGUGAUGGAGCUGGAUGGUCUGCUGUCUUGGUCCGGAUUUCUUUUACGAGUCGCCUCUUGGUGUUUUCAAUCCACGUCUGCGAGUCGUCGAUUGAUCGAUUUGCUGCUUAAUGGAGACGCCAGAUUCCGCUUUUUACAGUUGAUGGUCCUCGCUGCAUUGAAGAGCUGGGGGACCGGAAAUAUAGAAGAAAAACCACAAACCACGCACGCCUUUCGCCAGACACCCGACACGCCGCACACAACCUAGUCAAUACCGGCAAACGUGCUGCAAAAGAUACCGAAGGCGAUGCUGAAAACCCGCCAUGUCAAACAAAAGCCAUUAUCUAUUGAUGCC